AUGGCUCCCCGGACAGGUGCUGAGACCUCACUUGGAUCCGGGCUCUGUUUGUCAGUCGAACGCCAUGAUGCCCACCUAAUACUAGUCCUAACCCUCUUUGCCGGUGUGCUGGUGACUCGGCUUGAGGCUGCUAGACUCACUGUGGGCUUCCAGGCUCCCUGGAACAUCUCCCAUCCAUUCAGUGUGCAAAGGCUGGGUGCAGGUCUCCAGAUUGCCAUGGACAAGAUCAACUCGGAGCUGGCGGAGCUUGGAAACGUCAGCUGGGAGUUCACUUAUACCAACUCAGCCUGCACUGCCAAGGAGUCUCUUGCUGUUUUCACCAAUCAGGUCCAGAGAGAACAGAUUUCUGCCUUGUUUGGACCAGCAUGCUCAGAAGCAGCAGAGGUUAUUGGUUUGCUGGCCUCUGAGUGGAAUAUCCCCAUGUUUGACUUUGUUGGGCAAACAGCAAAACUGGAGAACGACUUCUUGUAUGACACCUACGUGAAACUUGUGCCACCCCUGCGUGAAAUUGGUGACGUGCUCCGGAAAAGUCUCCAGUACCUGGGCUGGAAACGCAUUGGGAUGUUUGGAGGUCACUCUGGGACUUCCUCCUGGGAUCGAGUGGAUGAGUUGUGGAGGGUUGUAGAGAAUGAGCUCAAAUCCCAUUUCACCAUCACUGCCAGGGUCAGAUACACCAACAACGAUCCAGCCCUCCUGCAGGAUGGUCUUAGGAGCAUGUCAGCCACUGCCAGGGUUUUCAUCUUAAUCUGCAGCUCAGAGGAUGCAAAUAUUAUUUUGCUGGCUGCAGAGAACCUGGGACUGCACACUGGAGAAUUUGUCUUCAUCCUUUUGCAGCAGUGGGAGGACAGUUUUUGGGAGGAGGUAUUAACAAAUCAGGAGGGGACGCACUUCCCCACCGUCUACGAGUCUGUGCUUCUCAUCGCCCUCAGCUCCUACAGAGAAGGUCCUGGAGAUGAAGGCUUCCGACAGGAAGUCUACCGGAGGCUCAGGGGGCCACCCUUCCACAGCUCCGUCUCCGCAGAGCAGCAGGUGAGCCCCUACGCCGCCUACCUGCACGACUCGGUCCUGCUCUACGCUCAGGUGGUGAAGGUCAUGCUCAAGGCCGGAGGGGAUUUCCAGGAUGGGCGGCAGCUCAUCAGCACUCUGAAAGGGUUCAAUCAGACCAUACUGCAGGGAGUCACUGGCCCAGUGUUCGUGGACUCCCAGGGAGAAAGGCGCAUGGAUUACUCCGUCUACGCCCUGCAGAAAUCCAGAAACGGGUCCCUCUUCCUUCCUGUGCUCCACUAUGACAGCUCUCAGAGAGUAAUCAGGUACUGGCGGGCCAGAGCGUGCUACAGGAGGCGCUCUGGGCGGGGAGGGCGGGCUGGGGUCUUACUAGAAGACCAGUUUGUGAUCCAGCUCUCGGAAUCCACCAUCCCUUGUCGGGUGCACUUCGAAAGCAUACGGAUCGACUGGAUCAGUGAUCGUGCCCUCGACUGUACAACUGCUGUGAUUCUCACGAUGGCCUUCCUGAUGACUAUCUUGGGGACUGUCAUCAUAGGUCUGAUUUUAAGGAUGCAGAAGGGAAAACAGCAGAGGCAAAAUAGAAACAUUUGGUGGCAGAUCAAGUAUAAUGACAUCACCAUUCUGCCCCAGGACAAGCCAUCCCAGAGAGGCACACCUGUGUCCAGAGGGAACAGCAGCAACGCGUCCAGUGUGAAGACGUCUGGGGACUCCAGCUCCUUUGUCAAGAGCCAGCAGGGGGAAGAGCUCUUGUAUGCCCCAGUAGGGCUUUAUGAGGGAAACCAUGUGGCCAUUUGCUAUGUCAGUGACCAAGCAGAAGCCUGGAUCAGGAAGCCAACUGUGCUGCAGGAAAUCCGUCUGGUGUAUGAAUUAAGGCACGAAAACAUUGUUCCUUUCUUUGGUGUUUGCACAGAACCACCCAACAUCUGCAUUAUCACUCAGUAUUGCAAAAAAGGAAGCCUUAAGGAUAUUUUGAGAAAUUCAGAUAACGAAAUAGACUGGAUAUUCAAGCUCUCGUUUGCAUAUGACAUAGUCAAUGGCAUGCUGUUCCUGCACAGGAGCCCCCUGAGGUCCCAUGGCAACCUGAAGCCCGCCAGCUGCCUGGUGGACGGUCGCAUGCAGGUCAAGCUGUCGGGAUUUGGGCUGUGGGAACUCAAGUAUGGCCGGACAUACAGAACAUAUAAUGAGAGAGCAGAGGACCACUCAGAGCUCUACUGGGUCGCCCCAGAGCUGCUGCGUCUCCCCGAGGCUCCCUGGGCCGGCACCCCGAAGGCAGACGUUUACAGCUUCGCCAUUCUGAUGAGGGAGCUGAUGCACCAGCAGGACCAGGGGCCUUUUGACGACCUGGACGGGACGCCAGAGGAAAUCAUCAGCCGAAUCAGAGACCCCGGGGCAUCGGUUCCACUGUGACCUUCCCUGGCGGAGGAGAAGGUCAAUGGGAAGAUCGUGGGCCUGGUGAGGGCGUGUUGGGACGAAUCUCCAGAGAAAAGGCCCUCGUUCCCUUCCAUCAAGAAAGUGCUACGAGAAGCCAGUCCCAAAGGCCACGUGAGCUUCCUAGACAGCAUGGUGAGCAAGCUGGACGUGUACGCCAAUCACCUGGAGGAGGUGGUGGAGGAAAGGACCAGCCAGCUGAUGGCAGAGAAGACGAAGGUGGAUAAGCUUCUGUCCACAAUACUGCCCAGCUUCAUUGGAGAACAGCUCAUAGCUGGGAGGACUGUGGAACCAGAACAUUUUGAGUCUGUAACCGUCUUUUUCUCUGACAUCGUUGGAUUCACAAAACUCUGUUCUCUCAGCUCCCCCUUGCAAGUUGUGAAGCUGCUCAAUGACCUCUACAGUCUAUUCGAUCACAUCAUCCAAAUGUACGAUGUGUAUAAGGUCGAAACCAUUGGAGAUGCAUACAUGGUGGCGAGUGGACUUCCCAUCCGCAAUGGCACUCGGCACGUGGACGAGAUCGCCACAAUGUCCUUGCACUUCCUCAGUGCCACCGUCCACUUCCAGAUUGGGCACAUGCCUCAGGAGAAGCUCAAGCUCCGCAUUGGCCUCCACACAGGUCCUGUGGUGGCGGGUGUGGUGGGAACCACCAUGCCCAGAUACUGUCUGUUCGGAGACACCGUGAACAUGGCAUCCAGAAUGGAAAGCAGCAGUCUGCCUCUCCGGAUCCACGUGUCUCAGAGCACCGCGGGUGCCCUGCUGGCCCUGGGAGGGUACAACCUGCAGAAGAGGGGCACCAUUCCGGUCAAGGGCAAAGGAGAACAAACAACUUUCUGGUUGAAAAGCAAAGAAGGCUUCACUCUUCCACUCCCCGAAGUUACUGAGGAAGAGGCUGAAGUCCCAGAGAUCAUCUGA